UCGCAUCUUUUUACAUGCGAGACUGACUAGCGGUGGUGGCCUGCGUUCAAGUCGAUUGUUGACCUACCUCCCUCGGCGAGUGGAAGCCCCACCAAUCAUUCGUACAAUCUCUCUCACGUACUCACCCAACUCGCUCGCUCAGUCAUCGAUUCACCAACGUGUCUGCUGGAUUGCUGUCCCUACUCGUCUCCACAAGCAGCUCCUGUUCCGAACAAAGAAGCCCUCUCUCUGACUCACCUCAAUUGACUCAAAAGUAGACGCGCCACCUCCCGUCACCACCCCUCAGUCAUUGUCCGCACAGCAAGAUGGAUCUUGUCCCCAGUUUGAAUGACAAGUUGCUGUUCGCCGUACCCAAGAAGGGCAGACUACACCAGGCUUGCUUGGAUUUACUUCACGGCUCCGACAUUCAAUUCCACCGCCACUCCCGACUCGAUAUCGCACUUGUCAAGAACCUUCCCCUCGCACUCAUCUUUCUCCCUGCAGCUGACAUCCCCACCUUUGUUGGGGAGGGAAGGGUGGGCUUGGGCAUAACCGGGCGCGACCAAGUGGCCGAACAUGAGUGCAUGGUCCCUCCCACAGCUACAACGGGUGUGGACGAAGUUCUAGAUCUUGAGUUUGGCAAAUGCAAACUUCAAGUCCAAACACCUCGGGAUGGUAACUUGGCAAAGCCCGAAGAUCUCAUCGGCAAAAACGUUGUCACGAGCUUCACCGAGCUCACCCAGAAGUACUUUCGAGCAUUGGAGGCGCAACAAUCUGGUAGCACCGAGCAAACUGAGCUCAAGACCAACAUCAAGUUCGUGGGUGGCAGCGUGGAAGCAGCUUGUGCCCUUGGUGUAGCUGAUGGCAUCGUCGACCUCGUUGAAUCCGGCGAAACCAUGCGCGCGGCAGGCCUUGCUGCUAUUUCGACCGUGGUCGAAUCAAGCGCCAUCCUCAUCAAAAGCAAGAAACCGUCUGACCCUGCUCUGGUCGACUUGAUUACUGCUCGAAUCAGGGGUGUUAUCACUGCCAAGAAGUAUGUGCUCUGCGCAUAUAAUAUCGAACGCAGCAAGCUCGACGAAGCCCGAAAGAUCACUCCAGGACGACGUUCACCCACAAUCAUUUCCCUUGGAGAAGACUGGGUGGCAGUUUCUGUGAUGGUGCUGGCUAAGCAGAUAUCGCUUGUGAUGGACAGGCUUACUGAAGCCGGUGCUUGCGAUAUAUUAGUCAACAAGAUCGAGAACUGUCGCGUUGAUGCAUAG